CAUACGAGGACACAACAUGGGCAUGCUGGUGGCCACACUUGUGUUCUGCAGUGCAGUGCUCCAGGCGGCACCAGGCGUGGCAGCAGUCUGUGGGAGGCAGGGAUUGCACGCUCGGAUUUAUGGUGGAACCAAUGCAGUCCCAGGGGAAUGGCCAUGGCAUGCGACUCUGAGCUUCAAGGGGAAGCCGAAUUGUGGAGGAACCCUGAUCUCGGAGAAAUGGGUCCUCACAGCUGCUCACUGCUUUGACAAUACAGCUGUGGAUAAUAAAAGGGACCCCACACUAUGGAGAGUCCACCUGGGCUUCACCAAAAUGGGAUAUACUCCAGAAGAAAGCUCAGCAGUUACUGUUAUGCCAAUUAAGAUCGUGGUACAUAACAGCUAUACCAACUACGUUGAAGGACAUGACAUCGCACUGGUGGAACUGUCCCAACCUGCAAAUUUUACAAGAUUUAUCUCCCCCAUUUGCCUCCCAGAGAGCACCCACCGAUUCCACUUUCGCAGCACCUGCUAUGUAACUGGCCUUGAAGAUGUUCCAGAAGGUGUGCCCCUAGACAGUAAGAGGUUACUGCAGAAAGUUGCUCAAACACUAAUAGGAUGGAGAACGUGUAACUGUAUCUACAACACUCACAUGAGACCAGAAGUUUCCGACCCUGCAAAGCCUGGUAUGUCGUGUAUCUUGGACACUAUUGGAGCAAAGGGUCCUUGUCUGGGUGACUCUGGGGGUCCUGUUGUCUGCAAUGAAGAUGGGGUCUGGUUCCUUACCGGAGCCAUCAGCUUUUCUCAAGGUUGUCACCUGACAGAUAAUCCCACCAUUAUCACUUCCACAUCCUUCUAUCAAGACUGGAUCCAGCAGUACACUGACUCCUCUGUAACCUUCACCCCCCAGUCCAUUAAUGUCACAGAUGAUGUGGAUAAUGACAACUGCAGUGACCUUCUGAGUAAUCUGACCUCAGGAUGUGUAUUUUCAGACAUUGAUACUGUAGGCUCAGUGAGUCCUGGGCCGUGGCCCUGGCAAGUGGACCUGUGGAAUGAUGAUCGAAGGGUCUGUGGAGGGGCUCUGAUCUCAACCAACUGGGUUAUAACAGCGGCCCAAUGCUUCAUUGGCCCAGACACUUCAGACUCUCCAUCAGAUUGGUCAGUCACUAUGGCCUCCGGGACACCUGCAAUGAGGCAGUUCGCUGUGCAGAAGAUCAGUAUUCAUGGGUCUUACAUCACUCCAGAACAGGGGAACAAUGUGGCUCUCGUCCGACUUUCUACACCGGCACAAUUAGGAGCCUACACCCAACCAAUCUGUGUUCCCCACGCUUCCCAUAAAAUUCUGUAUAACUCCUCAUGUUGGUUCAUCGGUCAUGAAACCGAUGACCAAAUGGAGACUUCCCUAGGAGUGAAGAUGGAUGUAGUUGGCCCUAACCAAUGCAACUGCAUCUACAGUAAUCCAAAUUCUGGUAACUCCAGUGUCUCCAUACUGCCUGGUAUGAUAUGUGCCACCAGACAUGAGAAUAUGGAGGGCCAGUGUCUGAGUAAUUUUGGGGGCCCUCUGGCAUGUAAGGAGAAUAAGACCUGGUUUCUGGUUGGCAUGCAGAGCUUUGGAGGAGGUUGUAACACUUCACUUCCCAAGGUGUUUACUGACCUCACACAAUAUGAAGAUUGGAUACUCCGGGGGACUCGAGACGCCUUCUUCCGCUCACAGCUGAACACUCAACCGGCACUGCUGGAUACAGAUAGAUGCUCAUUCAAUAGUCCAAGAGCUUGUGGGCGCUCAGUUACUUCUCCUGGACCUGUUGAUGAGGUCACAGAUAAGACGUGGCCAUGGCAGGGCAGUUUACGGCUAUACGAUUCCCACGUCUGCUCUGCUGUGAUGAUUGCUGAAACCUGGUUUCUGGUUGCUGCUCACUGUAUUCCUAGGUAUAGCUCUAUUAGUGAGUACACAGUAUCACUGUCCAGACAACUCCAGGAUGGGCCCAAUCCUCGAGAGGUGACACGUAAGAUCAAGAGAGUGGUGCCUCACCCAGGAUACAAUACGAAGACUGGAGAAAAUGACCUGGCACUGGUGGAGAUGUUCUACGGAAUCACUUUCAGUGACUACAUUCUGCCCAUUUGUCUCCCUCGGUACCAGUCUCUACUUCUUCCCACUAGAUGUUGGGUCAGUGGUUGGGGAAAACUGUACCCCUCAGACGGUAUCUCUUCCUCUCCACCUCUGAGACAUCUGGAGGUCUCCCUGUUGGAUGCCAAGAAUUGUGGAGCUCAAGGAAACAUUACGCAGAGUGGUGGACAACAGUGUGCAGCUGCCAAACGAGACAACACAUUGACCUGCCUGAUGGAUUCCAGUGCUCCACUGGUAUGCCAACCCAAGUCUGGAGGUCCCUGGUUCUUGUAUGGUAUGGCUAACCAAAGGUCUCCGCCCAAGAAUUCAUGCCCCGGAAACUUUACUGAAGUGAUGCCCAUACUGCCCUGGAUACAAGAGGUGGUUCCCAACAAGGAUCUUAGCUAUUUGGCAAGUAGUACGCCAAUGCCAGACGCAGGACAAAAUGACUCCAUGCCCUCGGCCAACACAACAAUUGUUCCGCCAUCUCUACACAGCACAACGCUGAUAUUACACAGCGCCAGUACCCCCAAGACAGACGUCUCCUGCUCAGGUGCCCAGGAUGGAGUUACCUGUUCUGGACACUCCACAACCAACACGUCUGGAAUUUCACCAACAAUGCGCUCCGGUGCAGGGUCUGUGUGGUGGAACCAGUCUACACAUUGUCUUCUGCUUCUCCUAAGUCUUGUUCUCUGCUGCUGAGGACCUUCAAAGACUGCAGCUUAUUUCAGAGCCUCCUGAGCAGCAUUCAUACUGCAGCCUUCAUGAGUAGCAUCACAUGUCACCUGUCAGACAUUGCAUUCUCACAAGUCUUAUGGAGGAUGGAAUUAGCAAACUUGAAUUUUUUUUGUACAGCAGAUGACCAACCAGGUGUCAGACACAUACAUUGUUACUUAUAUGUAUAUACCAUAUACCUCUCCUGAAGGUAAUGCAGAUUUGUAAUGUUUGUAAGUGAUUUCUUAAAGCCGCAGCAGUAACUGUGCAGACACUUUUAUUUUUUGCAGCUCUACUUUUUUCUUCAGGUUCCCAGUGCGGACUUGACUUCCUGUCUUGGUGACCAUUGGUGCAUGUGCACAAGUGGUGACUUGUUUUAAAGGGAAGGUGUCAUCAGAAAGUGACCUAUUGUUUAAAUCGUGUUUUUAUAUUUACUAUAUUUUUAAAGAAUUUUGGGUGACGUUAUUUUUCAUUUUCCAUGUUAAUAUCUAUAUUUAACCCCUUAGUGACCACCCAUAUGCCUUUUUACAGCGGUCACUAAGGGGCCUUAGGCUGGUCCACCGCCUUUUCACGGUGACCCGGUCUAAGUGAAGUGGAGAGCAGGGGCACGGCUCUCGUAUGAGAGCCGCACUCCUGUUCUAACAGCCCGGACCGGCAGAAGUGCUGAUCUGAGCUGUUUAACCCCUUACAUGCCCUCAUACAGCUAUACAGA